AUGAUGGGGGAGAAGUUCGCGAAUGUUGCUUCGGCCGACCCGAAUUGGAAGAGGAAGUUAGAUAGGCAUCAUUCGUUGCACAAUGCUUACCUGCGCGAUUCUUCCACCUUGCGCAAGCAAGCGGAUAUUAUCCGGGCGCUGGGCACGGGCAAGUGGCAGUGCACGCUCUGCGAGGAACAUAUUUCCACGCACCGCAGGGCAAGCGAGCGCGAGCCGCGCCUUUUCUUUUGCCGGGAAAGGCCUGACCUGUCUCGGAGCGCCGAGACCUGCCGCAUCCCUCCGAUGCCAGAUCUGUCCGCAUUGCACGCGUCUCAGACCAAACUGUUCGGAGAGGCGAGCGCCAGAUCAACCACCUUGCAGUUCGUGCACGUCACGUCGCUCGCGAACGCUGCGAGGCUCGAGCUCCCGGUGUCCUCGGAGCCGCGCGUGGGCGACGUCUUCGAGUGGCCAGGCGAGGAUGACGCGUGCGCCUGCGUCCUUUCAUUCGCGAAGUUCGGCAAAGCUCACGUGUUCCCAUUCUUCCGUCGGCCUGUGAAUCUAAAGCAGAGAAACGACGGCUUCAAGAUGAUCCACCAGCGUUGCUUCCAGCUCGUGCCCGCCAACGAUGGGGCCGCGGAGUCCAGCGGCAGAGGCCGCGAGAUUCUUCGCUUCGUUCAGGCCUCUGCUGAACGCGCAGCGGCCGCCGAGCUUCCGCGCGCCGCUGACGGCAACGACGCCGCGGAGGACGAACCUGCAUCAUAUGCCAGCAGUUCUGCCCCUGGUGCUCCGAGCCCUUGGACUUCGGCUGUCGCGCAGCUGUGCGCUGACGCAGUGCACUUGCGCUUUGACUUCGCUGCUGCUCCAGCCGCGUGUCCUGACCCACCAGACCAGAAGGAUUGCAGUAUUUUCAGGCGCGGGCCGCGCGUCGCGCGGAUGCGCGCGUGCGCGGCUGGCUGCCGCUGCCUGCUCACUCACAGGUACUGGUGCCAGACUCACAACCGAUUCUUUCAGCCACCAAGCGGCUCCGAUUCAAGAGGUUGCACCGUCGUUGGCGACGUCGUUGGCGAUUGCGUGAUUGCCGGCGAUUUCUGGCCCGAGGCGUUGGGCGCGUUCCAGGACGCGGAGAACUACAGGCGCGUCGAGAGGCUGGUGCGCAGGCGGACCACGACGCUCAUCAUGAACGCCGUGGCCGACCACCCUCGUCGCGCAAACCUCAGCGAAUUCGAGGCGGCGCGCCUCCACGCGGCCCUCUGCGGAUUCGCGCGCGCGACGCCAGGCUACCAGACGAUCAAAGUGUGGUUCGCGAUUUGGGUUCAGAGGUACCUGGGCCCGAUGGUGCCGCGGCUCGCCCUCGCGGUCUGCGCCUCUCACGGGACCGUCGGGGACCUGGACUUCUCCGCGAGCGAUGCCAGGCAGCUCCGCGCCAUCGGGUCCAAAGUCCGAGACAGGAAGGAACGCCGCACCUUCGGCGGAUUGACCGGCUUGUCCGACGACAGGUCAAACAUUGAGACCGUGGUGCUGGCGUGGAUGCGCUUGGUUCAGACCCAGGGCCUCCGGCUGGUCGGCGCCAACGUGGGCAACAUUGCGAAGGAGUUCAAGACGAUCGCGGGCUGCCUGGGCGCCGCCUUCCCCGGGGCCGUGCGGCGCGACAUGGCGGCCUUGAAGCGUUCGCAGCAGCGCGUGGAGAGCGGCGGCAUUGUCGUGGACCUGGACGCGCGCAGAGUCUUGGGGUUCGAGCUUGGGCAGGACGCGCUGCACGUGUACAAGCGCCUCCUCGAGGCGGUCAACACGACCUCGGUCGAUGCUGCGUGGGCGAUCCGCUGCUUGCGCAAAUGGCAGGACCCCCUCAACCCCGAGGUGCGCUUUGGCCGCUCGAACGCGGAGCCGAUCUUCGGCGGCGCAGACAACCGACUCGCGGCGCGCGCGGAGGUUCAGGGCGCCGCGCCGCUGGAUGUGCCCCAGGUCCUGCAGCUGCACUCUGAGGGGGCCGCGCUGCCGGCCGUGUCGCUCGAGGUCCUCAAGGAAAGCGUGGCAGACGAGUGGUGUCACCCUGUCCAUGGCAAACCGCUGUCCUUGCCGGCGGAGGUGGCGAUCUUGGAGGACGCGGCGCUCGUCGUGGAUGCGUCCAGGGGGGCGCGCCAGGCGGCCGCCGCGGCUGCUUUCGAGUUCGUCUACGGCCCGCUCGGACAUCCAACCGCGGGGGGUAUCGCCCGGGACCUCUGCGGCCUGGGCGACCUGUUCGCCCUUCCCAACUUCGCCAAGGCCCGCGGCGAGGCGCCUCCGGAGUGGUGCCAGGCCCAGGUCCGCUACCUGCGGCGCGCGCGCAUUAGGCCCAGCGGGCCUAUGCGGCGCAUGUGCAAGCAGCGAGACGCGCCGGCUGGCGCGCCCGCGCCCAGCCAGCCAGCGGACGAUCGCCAGGCAUGUUCGGAUGAGGAGAGUGCGUCCGCCAAGGGGGUGGACGCCGACGCGUCCGCGGCCAGCGACGCCGCGGGCGACAGCGAGUUCCCCGAGGAGAGCGGCGACGAUAACGGCAACGACGACAGCGACGCCGCCGCCGAGGCCGAGGAAGACAGCGACGACGAAGAGGACGAAGCAGCACGCCCCGCCGAACCCGCGCUCGGUGUCGACGCCCUGGCGGGAGAAUCGCACAAGAGGUACGCGGCCGGUAGCAGGUUCGACCGCGUCCUCGUGAACCAGCUCCGCCCGGUGGUCCUGCAUGGGUUGCGCGCUGGAUACCGCUGCAAGCUCUGGGCCAUGGAGGCGGGGCGGGGCGUCUCGCUCGGCACCGUGGGCAAGGAGCGGGACUGGCGGAACAAACAGCGCCAUGCCCGAAAUAAGGGGCGCUCACGAGCGGACGAGGCCACGGUGCAUUUGCUGGUGCUCCUGCGUUUCGCCCGCGAGGUGGCGGCCCGCACGGUCUCGGGGCGACGGCGCGACCAGCUGCUCACAUGCAGCCGGCCCGACCGCGUGCACGACGAGUUCCUGGCAGCGGAGGAGCUCGCCGCGGCGAUCCUGGAGGGCGCGGCGGCCGGGGCUCCGCUGGCUCGCGCCGCUGGGAGCUGCGCCGAUGCGCCGGCGGAGGCUCUUGCGGAGGAGGCGCUCCGCCUUGAGGAGGAGGCGGAAGCGGCCGCGGGCGAGGCCGAAGAGUUCGCAGGCGCCGCCGAGGGCGAGGGCGCGCCCGAUGCGGCCGGCGAGGGCCAAGUCGUUCCGGCGCCAGAUGACGACGACGAGGUCCUGGGCACCCAGAUGAGCGCCGAGGCGUUCUACCAACAUGCGACGGAGUUGGACGAGGAUUGCUUUGCGGACUACGACGCCCUGGUGGCGGCCAUCAAGGAUAAGCCAGACCCCGCCAUCGGCGCUAGGGAGAGGUUUCAGCAGUUGGGCCUCCGAGUCUGGCGGGACGUCACGGGCCAGGCGGUCGACGUCAAAGAUUUGGCGGUGAGCAUCGAGGGCGCGGGCCCGAAGACGCGGGGGGCCUUCUUCGACAAAUGGUCCACCUACCUCUGGGACGUGAAGGCCAUCUACGCCGCCACGGACCUCGCGUCGAAGCCCAAGGAGAUGAGCCUUCGCGCCUAUGUGGCGCAGACGACCGAGGCUUUCUACAACAAGCUCUUGGAGGGCACGGAUGUCCGCACCCCGAUGGAGGCCCAGGGCUCUGUGCCGCUGCGGGCAAUGGCCCCGGCGGAAGUGGCGGACGCUUGCCAGCGCGCGGCAGUUGGCUUCGGCUUGCCUCCCGACGGCCACGUCGUGCACCAGGCCUUCCAGGGCCAGGCCGCUUAUUAUUGGCAGGGCGCCGACGGUUCCUUGCAAAUCCCCGCCCCCAAGGAGAGCGAAUCCGAAUGGAACGUUGGCAACGCAAGGCUUCCGUUCAUCGCCGAGGGCGAGGUCUCCUCUGGCAAAGAUAACCUGGUCGCCAUGAUCCUGCAGUGGGUCGGCGCUCUCCAGGUUGAGCGCCUGGAUGCCACGAGCACCGCGCGCUCGGGCAAGAUCACCACGAACGGCAUUUUGACCCACUUGAAGGCCCACGGGAACCAGGUUCAGGUCGUCAAUGCCGAGCUCGAGAAGGUCCUCAACCGCGCCUACAAAGACAAGAUGCAGGAGGGGGGCGUCAUCGAGCUCCUCGACGGCUCCGAGGCUUGCGGCCGGCGCACCGGCAUGGGCGCCUCGUGCGUCAAGCCGGUCGCCUGGAUGUGCUUGGCCACUCAGAAGAAGGUUUACGCCCGGGAGAUGGGGGGCGAGAGCUGCGGCAGGCUUCGCUUCGUCGUCCUGCAUCUAGACCCCGACCAGGUCCGCAAGCUGCCGUUCGAGGAACGCCUCGUGCCUCGGAACAAGAGCCAGGAGGUCCUCGUGGAGGCGCUGCGCGAGAUCCUGCUCGCCCAGCAGCGGGCGCCAGACCGCGAACUGGAGGAUUUCGCCAAGACGUACCCCCAGGGGCUCCGCGACGCCGAUCUCCGCGUGCUCUGGGACGGCUUCCUCGCAUCCCGCUUCGCGCCGCUGGCGAAGUAUUUGCACGGCCUGGCCUCGGGGCCCACUUCCCUUCCUCGCGGCGGGGGGGGAUUGGCUGGCGUGGCCGACGCGCCCGCGGCCGAGGCGCCCGCGCCCGCGGCGCCGCUCGCCGGCGCUGUCGGCGCCAGGGCCAGGCGCGCACGGGAUCCUGCGACGUCGGGGCGCCCCGAGCCUCCCAAGAAGAUCAGGCUCCGCGGAGCCAUGAGGGGCGGCGCCGAGGACGCGGCCGAGGCGGUGCCCAAGCGCUUGCCGGAGCUGUCCGUGCGGGCCAUGCAGGUCAGCCCGGCAGGCACCAUGAUCAUGGCGGGCGUGCAGGACGGCACCAAUGCCGCGCGCGCCAAGAGCAACAACCCAGAGUGCGCGAGCGUCGUCACGAAGCACGCUGGCAAGACGUUCGGGGCGUGCGCUGCUGCCAACGCGGCGGUGCGCAACGGUCUGGCGCGAUGGGCUUUCGGGCGGCCCUUCCCCCUGGACCACGUGAUCCGCCUCUUCGAUUGCCUGGCAGCCAUGCCAAAGAUCGAGCUCUUCUCGCUGAAACAGAUGGGCCUGGAGACCAAGCCUUCGGACCAGCAGGACAAGGCCCCACCCGCCCCUUUGUACGACUUCGACACUCUGAAGCUCGAGAACAUAGACAAGGCCGGGAGGCGCUUUCUCGAGGGCACGGACGCCAAUCAUUUGCCCGCGGGCGAAAACGGAAUUUGGCACAAAGCUGCGCACGAGGGCGUGCCCUUUGCGAUGGCGGCCAGCACGUUGUGGCACAACUUCCGGCAGUAUUGGUUCACCAAGCAACGCAAGCGCGACGACAUGACCGCCUACGCAACCGAUCUGGAGGAAGCGCACAAGAUUCUGAAGUUCUAG